ACCCUCCCCAAUCCGACUCCACCUCCACCACCCUCUUUCUCCUCCUCCUCCUCCUCCUCCUCCUCCUCCCUCGACCCCUCCCUCCUCCCCCCCAAGCUCCGCGACAUCGUCGCCCUCUUCCAAUCCGUCCCCGACUCCAAGGCCAAGUACCAGCAACUCCUCCACUACGCCUCCAAGCUCCCGCCCCUCGACCCCGCCCACAAAUCCGACUCCAAUCGCGUCUCCGGCUGCGUCUCCCGCGUCUGGGUCCGCGCCUUCAAGGACGGAUGCGGCGGCGGCGGCGACAAUGGCGGCGGUUGCGGCGGGAUCUGCUUCGAGGCCGAUUCCGAUUCGGUCCUCACCAAGGGCCUCGCCGCGCUCCUCGUCCUCGGGCUCUCCGGGUCCCCCGCCCGCGACAUCGCCCGCGUGCCCCCCGAGUUCGUCGAGCUCCUCGGGAUCCGCCAGAGCCUCACCCCGUCGCGGAACAGCGGGUUCCUGAACAUGCUCCGGCUCAUGCAGCGCAAGGCCCUCGAGCUCGAGGCCCUGGAAGGCGGCGGCAAUUCGGGGGAAUUCGGGGUUUCGGAAGAUAAACGUGCGAUCUCGGAGGGGAAAGAUUCGAUUUUGGAAGAGAAGCCUCGUGAAAUUCGUGAGAUUACGGCAAACGGGCAUGCUAAUUUUGAGAAAGGAGAGAGAUUGUAUGGUUUGGAGGGUGAGGAAGAAGAUGAUGGAAAGGUUGGUGUUGAGGUCAAUUCGACGAGCUCGGGCAGUGUCACUGGUGGGAGGAAGGAGAGGAUAAGGGGGAGAUUGGAGAAAGAGCUGUCCCCUGUUGAAUUGGAGAUCGAGGACAUAUCGCAUCUCCACGCGGGCCACGCGGGAGUUGCGGGAAGCAGCGGAGGAGAGACCCAUUUCAAUGUGAGGGUGGUCUCGAAGGCGUUCGAAGGGAAGAGCAUGUUGAAGAGGCAUAGGCUAGUUUAUGAUCUUUUGAAGGAUGAGCUCAGUAGUGGUUUGCAUGCUCUCUCUAUUGAUGCGAAAACUCCAUCGGAAGUCUAAGUUUUGCGUAGAUAUGCAGAAUUGUAGCACAAGGUUUCAUUUCUUCGACUUGUUCUUUCGUUACAUUUAUUAACCUAGUUUUAAGUUGAUAAGCAGUUGAAUACAUUGGGUCUCUGCAUGUGUUGUACUUCCGAAUAACUUAUUGUUGUGUAAUUAUAGAUGUUAAUAUUCUACAGGAAUAUCAAAUAAGUUUUACAUUUCGCUGUAUGAUUA